AUGCCCGUGGAGGCUCCAGAGACCGCAGUCCUGAAGGCUGGGGCUAGAGUCACUCGAUAUCAGGAGACCUUCAGCGUCAUCGAGAAGUGCCCCAAGCCUGUGAUUGCUGCCAUCCACGGGGGCUGCAUUGGCGGAGGUGUGGACCUUAUCACUGCCUGUGACAUCCGGUACUGUGCCCAGGACGCUUUCUUCCAGGUGAAGGAGGUGGACGUGGGUUUGGCUGCCGAUGUAGGAACACUGCAGCGCCUGCCCAAGGUCAUCGGGAACCAGAGCCUGGUCAACGAGCUGGCCUUCACCGCCCGCAAGAUGAUGGCUGAUGAGGCCCUGGGCUGCGGCCUGGUCAGCCGGGUGUUGCCAGACAAGGAGGUCAUGCUCGAUGCUGCCUUAGCGCUGGCGGCCGAGAUUUCCAGCAAGAGCCCCGUGGCGGUGCAGGGCACCAAGGUCAACCUGCUCUACUCCCGCGACCAUUCGGUGGCCGAGAGCCUCAACUACGUGGCGUCCUGGAACAUGAGCAUGCUGCAGACCCAGGACAUCGCCAAGUCGGUCCAAGCCGUGACUGAGAACAAGGAACUGAAAAGCGUCACCUUCUCCAAGCUGUGAGAGCUCUCGCAUCCCGUUCCCCAGCCAGGGAGCUGGCCUUGUCCCACCUCAUCCGCAGAAAGGGAGGAUGGGCGAUGACCGUUGUCUCUAUGCCUUCUCACCCAGUCUCCCAGUUUAUAACUAUAUGACAAUGACUUUCUCAAGCCCAAGGCCUUAUCUUCACCCCACGAACAAUAAAGCAAAGUAAAGAAA